UAACGUCAUUUCCCCCGGCUGCCAGGAAAGGGAAGCAAAACUAUUAAGUGGUACAGAUGAGAGGAAUUUGGCGGCAACCUUUACUGUUAGUUUAAAACCAAACCACAACAAUAAAAAAAAAAACACAGCGUAAACAAAAAUAAAGAACUCCGAGCUCGGCUGCAGCUGUGGAUGAAGCGACACGAUAAUCUAUUUAAAGGCGGGAAGUUCGAGUGAUUUGCAGAAUGGCUAACGAUAGCGAUCCUUUCUAUGUGAAAUUUGUCAAGUCGCCCGAAAGCACAGGUUUCUUCACUGAUGCACAUAAGGCUAUUAAGGAAUUUCAGUCUGAUGAAUACCUCCAAAUUAUUGAAGAAAAGGAAGCACUGGGCUUGAAAGAAAAAGACAAAUCUCUCUACAUAUGUGAUCCAUUUAGUGGGGCAGCCUUUAACCAUCUCAAAAAGCUUGGCUGUCGUAUUGUGGGGCCACAGGUUGUCAUAUUCUGUAUGAAGCAUCAAAGAUGUGUUCCCAGAGCAGAAUACCCUGUCUACAAUAUGGCAAUGGCUGAUGUGACUAUUUCAUGCACCAGUCUCGAUAAAGAAUGCAGGGAAGAAGUUCAUCAUUAUGUACAGAUGAUGGGAGGCUGUGUGUAUAGAGAUCUCAAUGUUGCAGUCACUCACCUGAUUGCUGGUGAAGUGGGCAGCAAGAAAUACCUAGUUGCAGCAAGUCUGAAGAAACCAAUUCUCCUCCCUUCAUGGAUAAAAGCAUUAUGGGAGAAAUCAAACCAGAGGAUAAUUAGCUACUCAGAUGUUAGCAUGGAGGACUAUUUGUGCCCAAUUUUCUGUGGCUGCACCAUAUGUGUGACUGGUUUAAGCAGCCUGGACAGGAAGGAGGUCCAGCGUCUAACAGCUCUUCAUGGCGGCCAAUACACUGGGCAGCUCAAGAUGAACGAGUCUACCCACCUUAUCGUGCAAGAGGCUAAAGGUCAGAAGUAUGAGUGUGCCAGGAAAUGGAACGUACACUGUGUCUCCAUUCAGUGGUUCUUUGACAGCAUUGAGAAAGGGUUCUGCCAGGAUGAGACCAUCUAUAAGAUUGAGCCAUCUUCUUUGGUAAAGACCAUGCCAGAUACAUCCACUCCAACAAAGUUCAUCAGCAAAGCUGACAAUCGGGCUCUUUCAGAUGUCAGCAACAUUUCUAAUAUUAGUACAAGUUGCAUUAAUGAGUCGGCAUUUAAUUCUGUGAUGAGCAGCAGACUGGAUACACCAGCUGAUACCCUGGAAAAUCUGGAUAUCAGUUCCUUGCAAGCUCCUGAGGACCUGCUUGAUGGCUGCCGGAUCUAUGUGUGCGGGUUUGGAGGGAGAAAAUUGGACAAACUUCGCAAGCUCAUUAACAGUGGUGGAGGAGUUCGAUUUAAUCAGCUUACAGGGGAUGUUUCUCAUGUAAUUAUUGGAGAAAAUGAUGAGGAACUCAAGCAAUUUUUGAGCAAGACGGAACACAGACCAUAUGUGCUCACCUUGAAAUGGUUGCUAGACAGCUUUGUUAAAGGAAAUUUGCAGCCAGAAGAAAAUUAUUUCCACUCAACCUACCAGCCGGCGGAGAUUCAAGCCCCAGUACAAUCUGUUUUCAAUCCAUCUGCUCAGAAGACUAAUCAGACCCUGACUGCCCAACAGUCUCUUAACAACUCUCGGAAACAACGGACAGAUGACGAUCUGCUUUCACAAUACACAGAAAAUGACUCUACUUUAAUUGAAGCUGGCAAUCCUCGCACAUUUACCUCUAAUAGCCUGUCGCAGUUUAGUGCACAGGAUGAGCUGCCAUCCUGUGCCAGCCAGAGUGGCUUGGGUGAUACUUCCACGAUCAUUGAAGGAGGAUUAUUCAGUAAGAAAAGAUUCCUAGUCCUGGGAUUUGUAGAAGAGGAUGAGACUUGUAUUAUAGAUAUUAUUAAAAAGAAUGCUGGCAAAGUGCUUUCUCCCCGCAUGAGAGCUAUUGCAGAUUAUGCUGUGGUGCCCUUGUUGGGUUGUGAGGUGGAGUCUACAGUUGGAGAAGUUGUGACCAAUGCCUGGCUGGGUAUGUGCAUAGAACAGGAGAAGCUGCUUAACCCUCAGUCGAAUACUCUUUUUACUCCAGUUCCUUUUCUGGAAGGCAGCAUGCCCCUGAAGAACUGUGUGCUUUCUGUCAGUCAGUUUAUAGGUGCUGAGAGAGAUUCGUUGGUUUACUUGGCCGGAAUGCUUGGAGCUAAAGUCCAAGAGUUUUUUGUGCGGAAAGCCAAUCCAAAAAAGGAUAUGUUUGCCAGCACUCACCUAGUUCUUCGUGAACCUGAGGGCUCCAAAUAUGAGGCUGCUAAAAAAUGGAAUUUACCUGCAGUGUCUAUGGCCUGGCUCUUGCAAUGUGCCAAAACUGGCAAAAAAGCAGAUGAAAGCCGGUAUCUUAUUGAGAACUGCUGUGAAGACAAAGAUGAGAGCUUUGUAAGUCAGAUGGAUAAUCCUGAAGUAGCCAAACCUUCUGUAACCUCUCCAGACUGGUCAGCUGAUCGACCAGAAGCCCUCACAAAAGGUGCUGUGACUCCUUUAGAUAUGAACCGUUUCCAGAGCAAAGCUUUCCAAUCUGUCCUGUCCCGGCACAACAAAGUUAUUACCCCUGCAGGAGAAAACAAAAUUCCUCGGAGAGAGCCAUCUCUGCAUCUUGACACCCCUUCUAAGUUUCUUUCAAAGGACAAACUUUUCAAACCAACUUUUGAUGUGAAGGAUGCUCUUGCUGCUCUGGAAACACCUGGGAAUUCUACUCAGAAGACACGGGGACAAAGCACUCCCUUGUCUGAAGUAAUUGGCAGAAAUUUGCAGUUAGCUCUUGCAAACAGCACCCGGCAAACAGCUGCUGCCACUGCAAGCCCACAAUUAAAGGCAACAAAACAGGUAAAGCAGGUCGAGGAAGAACCCAGCAUACUCAGCAAUGUGGUGAUCUGUGUCAGCAAGAAACUAAGUAAAAAGCAAGGUGAACUGAAUGGAGUUGCAGCCUCACUUGGUGCAGAAUACAGGUGGUGCUUUGAUGAAAGCGUAACCCAUUUUAUUUAUCAAGGGCGGCAAAAUGACACAAAUCGAGAAUAUAAAUCUGUGAAAGAAAGAAGUGGCAUCCACAUAGUAUCUGAACAUUGGCUCUUAGCUUGUGCAGAUGAGCAAAGGCGAGUCCCUGAGACGCUUUAUCCUCACACUUACAAUCCAAAAAUGAGUCUAGACAUAAGUGCUGUCCAAGAUGGGUCACAAAUCAGCAGCAGACGUUCAACAACUACAAACCUCAAGAAAGACGUGAACGACCUUUGGUUGCAUGAGGAAAAUGGAGAGACUGAAUCAAUUAACUGUGAAAUCAGCAAGUCUAAAGACGACGUGUGUGCAAAUACAGUGAAAGGAGCUCUCACACAGACUUUGGAGAUGAGAGAAAAUUUCCAGAGGCAAUUACAGGAGCUAAUGUCUGCAACAUCAAUGGUGAAUCCCCAAGGCCAGAGGUCAUUGAGUAGGGCUGGCUUUGAAAACUCUCCAUGCACCCCUGAAGGAGGUCGUUCUACGCGUAAUGGCAGAAGUAGGGUAUUGGAAGCACGAAGGCAAUCACGUCCCAUCAUAACAGAUCUGAAUACCGAACCAUCACAAAAUGAGCAAAUCAUUUGGGAUGAUCCCACGGCAAGAGAGGAAAGGGCUAAACUUGCCAGCAAUCUGCAGUGGCCCAAUAGCCCAUCCCAGUACUCUGAACAGCAUCAUCCUAAUGUGAAGCAUGUCGGAGUAGAGAAUGCGCAGCAUAAAGAAUCCUUAACUGACACUGAAAUAGCUGAAUUAGGGGCUUGUGAUCUUGAACAUACAUCUGUGACUGAAGCCCCUGAUAGAGAGGCAGACCUGCAGUCUCCAACUAAGGAUGUUCACCUGAUACCUACUCCCCAAGCACCCAGUAUUGCCCUCCCGCUUGCCAAACCAGCAGUGGCUCCACAACCCAAAGAAAAGACAGAAACACUAUCUGAAGAAGAAACAAAGAAGGAGCGCAGGUUCCAGCUAUCCUCCUUGAAUCCACAAGAACGCAUUGAUUAUUGGCAACUCAUUGAGGAACUAGGUGGUAUAGUGAUAGACAAGCAAUCCUUUGACCCCAGCUGCACGCACAUCAUUGUGGGACACCCACUUCGAAAUGAGAAGUACCUUGCCUCUAUGGCCGCAGGAAAGUGGGUGCUGCAUCGCUCGUAUUUGGAGGCAUGCAGAGCUGCCAAGCGUUUUGUGCAGGAAGAAGACUAUGAGUGGGGAAACGGUGCAAUACUCAGCGCUCUGAACAGCAUUACUCCACAGCAAAGGCUGUUGGCAGAGGCAGCAAUGAGGUGGAGGAAAAAAUUACAAAAAUUAAAGCAAGACACAGAUAUGUUGGAGACAGGAGAGGGCGCAUUUAGUGGCUGGAGAGUGAUCUUAAACGUUGAUCAAACAAAGGAGCCAGGAUUCAGACGUCUUCUGCAAUCAGGAGGCGCAAAGGUGUUUGUUGGCCAAUCUCCUUCCACGUUUAAAGACGCCACCCACUUGUUUGCAGACUUUAGCAAAUUGAAGCCAGAAGAUCCUAAAGUGAAUGUGACUGAGGCAGCGGCUCAAGGAGUCAGCUGUUUAAAGCCAGAGUACAUUGCUGAUUAUCUUAUAAAAGAACAACCUCCCCCCACCAGCAACUAUUGUCUCCCAGAAGCUGUCCCUUAUCUUCAGGUGGCAGGGACUUCUCGUAAGAGGAAAAACUCUGGAGACCACGUGGAUGUGAAACGAUCUCGACAUUAUUAAAUUAAGACUUUCUUGGCAAGUCCAAAGGUUACUAAAUCGCCAUUCCUUCCUGUAUUAUAUUCCUGUCUUUUAUGUAGUAUUUUUGUGCUAUAUAUAAACAGUUGUCAAUAAAUGUACAGAUGUGCUUUUAACAAUUCAAAGUCCAAAAUAAUAGUGUUGGAUAAAACAAUUAUUAUUUUAUUUUCACAUGUUUGUAUUUGUUGAGUAUAUGUUUAAAUAAAAAAAAAAAAAAAAA